AUGACUCAAUGGACGUGGAGACAUAAUGCGUCCUGCUGCAUCGGGCAUCUUCGGAAAGGCGAUGAGCCUUCGGAACUCUUCGCGAGGUCAUGGCGAGGGCGAGUGUCCCCCCUAUUUUGGAGGCUGCCGAUCCUGUUCUGGGCUUUGGCAGUCAUCGGCUGGUCGGGUGCCGGCUUCUGGGGACCGCCGGAGAUGUUCUUCCUGUAUAUGACGCAUUGGGGGCUGAUACUGAUUUUGGUGGAAUCUUUGUUCGGAGUCGCAGUUACGACGAUGAAGCAUUGUGGAACAUUGCCUGAUGCAACGUUUGGUCUACCGUGGUAUGUCAAGACUUACUGGGUCCUGUACAACAUCACCAUCCCUGUCGCUUUUCUCAUCACUAUAUUCUACUGGGGCGUUCUAAAAACUUCCGGAAGAAUGGUGAACUACGCCCCAAACCCAGUGCUGGACGUGAUGCUGCACGGCGUCAACUCGCUGGUGAUGCUCGUGGAGCUGGUUGCGUCGGCGCACCCCUCGCGGCUGGUGCAUAUCAUGCAGCCGCUGUACUUCGCACUGGCCUAUCUGCUAUUCUCUGUUGGAUAUUAUACAGCUGGUGGCUUGGACCCAUGGGGUAACCCUUUUAUUUACCCCGUAAUCGACUGGUCGAAGCCGAACCAGACGAUGGUGGUGGUCACGUUGACUGCACUGUUCCUGGCCCUCAUGCAUAUCCUUACUGUUGGGAUUGCUUCGCUACGUGACGUCAUCUCGCGAAAGUACAUCAAAGAUUCUACAGGAGUCUACAAUGACGGAUUCAAGGCUUGAAAUCUGAAUGCGCAAAAGUGAAGAACCAAGUGAUCCCAAGUGUGACUUGAAUACGUGUUUAAACUGACGUGCAGAUUUGUAGAUCAAAUAAGCAUUGGUGUUUGUCGUGCUAAAAUGUGCUUUACUUAGACUUAGAACACUAUUUAUACCUAAAUAAGGGCCUGCUGGCCGUCAAUGUGUCAUGGACUUGUAUUCCUAAAGGUGUUGUAUGUAUUUUUCCUCGUUAUGUUCGUCCCCGUUGUCCGCCAAUGCCAAACUACAGCGCCUUACUUAAAUAUUUGUAAAUACUCGUAUCUACGCCUGAUGGUUUAGUUAGAUUUACUACAGGCGGUAUUUACUUUUUAAGACUUGCAAUGUUGCUCGACCGAAAGCGAGAUGAGCUAAAGGCUCGGCCGUCAACUUAAAUUUCCUAAAAUUAUGUAGGUGAUGUGCUGGCGUGCCCAAAAUGCGCUCGGAAAUUUAGCAGGAAGAUUGGGUACGCGAGCCACCUAAAAGCGCACCAGAGAGUGGAACAGCUACACUAUAUUAAAGGUUUUUAAAAAUGUCUACUCUCCAGAACACACAGUCGCACAGCGAUUGACAUGUUGGCUACGCGGCCAACGCUAACGUGUACAAUCCAGCUACCUACUGUAAAUCUAUUUAAACUGUAAAAUUUGCGGCCACUAUAUUUCGCACUCCUUUUUUAGGGUUCCGUACCCGAAGGGUAAAAACAGGACCCUAUUACUAGGACCGCUGUCUGUCUGCCUGUACGUCUGUCCGUCUGUCCGUCUGUCUGUCUCCUGGCUGUAUCUCAUAAACCGUGAUAGCUAGACAGUUGAAAUUUUCACAGAAGAUGUAUUUCUGUUGCCGCUAUAACAACAAAUACUAAAAAGUAUGGAACCCUCGGUGGGUACACCGUCCGGUUUUUGAAGUUUAUUCCCUUGUCUAUUUUAUAAGUAAUUCUUAGGUUUAGGACCUGGGCACUAAAGACUGUGAUAGAAUUAUUAAAGCCUACUGUGAUUUUGGACUUUUGCUGGUGAUUAUUUAAGCUGUCAGCUAAGUUUGUCUAUUGCACUAAAAUGCAGCAAAAGUAUAAUCGGAUUAAAUUAGUGCGGUAAAUUUUAUAAGAUAAUUGCUUCAUACUUUGAUUUGGAUAAGAAUAGGUCACGCAACUUAUAAUGAUGUGAAUGGAACAAAUGAUAAGUGAUUGAAAUUUCAUGCUCUACUAGACUUAUAUUGACCGGGAUAUAGACCGUGAUUACCUUUUGUAUUGUUUUUGUCACCACGGCAAUCACGGUCUAUAUCACCGGUCAAUAUAAGUCUAGUGAAACUAACUGUGAAUCAUUCAAAACUCUUAUAUGAACACUAAUUUAAUACAUUGUUGUGGUUGUGCGUGGUCUCAUUUAUCUCAUUUAGUGAUGCGAUUUCUAUAAUAAUUUACUUGUUUUAAGUUUUAUAAUAUAAUGUGAGCUCAAUUACCUUUUAUUUAUUUUGCGACUGUAAAUAAGGCUAUUUUUUGUAUGAGCAAAAGGAUAGGUAGUAUUUUAUAAAUAAAAACAAAAAUAAAUGUUUUUGUAACUUUAGAAUAUGAUUUCAUCUAGGUUAUAAGGGUUACAUGUUGUUACAAUAAUUUAAAUUCUCAAUCUAUCAAUAAAAAUCGCACCUAAUUUAAUACGUAACAUCGCCCACACUGUUAACUGUCCAUCGGACAUCUUAUUACAAAAGGCAUAAGGUCCACAGAUGUACAGUUAGAGUGUUGAUGUUUGUAUUUGUUUGAUAAAAUGUAACCUGAUAAAGUGAUAAUAUAUCAUCACGUAAUUUUUUCAUAGCCUAAUCAUUUCCGCGU